CAUAAAAUAUGGCCUCUCUCCUUCAUCUGAUUCUUUGUCUUCUUGCCCCCACCCCAUCCUUCCAUCUGUCGGAUCCCAUCCUCUCAUCCUCAACCCAUAUAUCCUCCUCUCUUCUCUGACACUUUUACGCUCUUUACCGCCGUUCACGUCUGUGCACACUCAAGCCUCCCACUCACUCCUUCCUUUCCAGCGUAACCCAUCUUUGUCAGCCAUGGCACCAGUUCAAGUCGGAGCAGGCAUCGGUAUUGCCAACCUGCCUAACCAGCGCCACAAGAUUGUCGCCAAGCGUGGCGCCAACUUCACCCUGAUGGUUUGCGGUGAGUCUGGUCUUGGCAAGACCACCUUCAUCAACACCCUCUUCACCACUACCAUCAAGACCCCAAAGACCUACAAGCGUCGCUUCAACAAGUCUGCCGAGAAGACUGUCGAAAUCGAGAUCAUUCGUGCUGAACUCGAGGAGAAGCAGUUCAACGUCAAGCUGUCUGUGAUCGACACUCCCGGAUUCGGGGAUUAUACCAACAACCGCGACAGCUGGAUGCCGAUUAUCGACUUUAUUGAUGAUCAGCAUGAGUCGUACAUGCGCCAGGAGCAGCAGCCUAAGCGCCACGAAUUGAGCGACAUGCGUGUGCAUUGCUGUCUGUACUUCAUUCGUCCCACGGGUCAUACGUUGAAGCCCUUGGACAUUGAGGUCAUGAAGCGGUUGGGAACGCGUGUCAACUUGAUCCCCGUCAUCGCCAAGGCCGAUACCAUGACACCUACGGACCUGCACAAGUUCAAGAAACGUAUCUUGGAGGUCAUUGCCGCCCAGAACAUCCAGUGCUACACUUUCCCCUUGGAGAGCGACGAUGAGGCCAGCACCAAGCGCAACGUCAGCAUCAUGAACGCUAUGCCAUUCUCCAUUAUCGGAAGCACUGACGAUGUGCUCACUAUGGACGGUCGCACUGUCAAGGGACGCCAGUACUCUUGGGGAGUCGCUGAGGUCGAGAACGAGGACCAUUGUGACUUCAAGAAGCUGCGCCAGCUGUUGAUCCGUUCGCACAUGUUGGAUCUCAUCAGCUCGACUGAGGAGACCCAUUAUGAGAACUACCGCAAUGCCCAGAUGGAGACUCGCAAGAUUGGGGAGCCCAAGGUCAAGACUGUGACCAACCCCAAGUGGAAGGAAGAGGAGGAGGCCCUCCGCAAGCGCUUCACUGAGCAGGUCCGUCUGGAGGAGAACAGGUUCCGCUCCUGGGAACAGCAGCUCAUUGCUGAACGUGAUCGCCUGAACAAGGACUUGGAGGCUGAGCAUUCACACAUCAAGGCUCUGGAAGCCGAGUUGGAAUCGAUGCAAGCCGGUCUUUCUCCCAAGCGCAAGUAA